CGGCGGCGGCGGGCGAGCUGGUGGCAUGGCGGCUGCGACAACGACCACCGGGCUUGAGACACCAGAGCCCAUGCCUAGCUACGCGCAGAUGUUGCAACGAAGCUGGGCCUCGGUGCUGGCAGCGGCACGGGGCUGCGGGGACUGCGGCUGGGGACUCGCACUUCGCGGCCUGGCGGAGCACGCGCACCUGGCUGCCCCGGAGCUGCUCCUGGCCGCGCUGUGCGCUCUGGGCUGGACCGCACUGCGCUCCGUGGCCACUGCGCGCCUCUUUCGGCCCCUGGCCAAGCGGUGUCAUCUGCAGCCUCGAGAUGCUGCCAGGUUACCUGAGAGCGCCUGGAAGCUUCUUUUCUACUUGGGCUGUUGGAGCUACUGUGCCUACCUGCUCCUGGGUGCCCAUUAUCCUUUCUUCCAUGACCCACCCUCUGUCUUCUACGACUGGAGGUCGGGCAUGGCGGUGCCCUGGGACAUAGCCACCGCCUACCUGCUGCAGGGGAGCUUCUACUGCCAUUCCAUCUACGCCACCGUGCACAUGGACACCUGGCGCAAGGACUCCGUCGUCAUGCUGGUGCAUCACGUGGUCACCCUGCUUCUCAUUGCCUCCUCCUACGCCUUCCGGUACCACAACGUAGGCCUCCUCGUGUUCUUCCUGCAUGACGUUAGCGACGUGCAGCUGGAAUUCACCAAGCUCAACAUCUACUUCAAAGCCAGGGGUGGCUCCUACCACCGCUUGCACGGGCUGGUGGCCAACCUGGGUUGCCUCAGCUUCUGCUUCUGCUGGUUCUGGUUCCGCCUCUACUGGUUCCCGCUUAAAGUUCUGUACGUCACCUGCCACUGCAGCCUGCGGUCGGUGCCGGACAUCCCGUACUAUUUCUUCUUCAACACGCUGCUGCUGCUCCUCACGGUCAUGAACAUCUACUGGUUCCUGUACAUCGUGGCCUUCGCAGCCAAGGUGCUAACUGGCCAGAUGCGUGAACUGGAGGACUUGAGGGAAUAUGACACGCUGGAAGCUCAGACUGCCGAGUCCUGCAAAGCCGAGAAGCCGCUGAGGAAUGGCCUGGUGAAGGACAAGCUCUUCUGAGUCCCCGUCCUCAAUUCUGCCACCCAGGACUCCCUCCCAUCCUACCUGGGAGACUGACCCCGCCCCUGGAGACUCCGCCCAGUGCCUGGAGAUCUG